AUGCGAGAGAGGAUGAGUCGGCGAGAAGCAAGAAAGAUGUUUGAGCAGGCAGCUCAGACAGGAUACGUACAGCACGAGAACUACGAGAUGACGCUUCGCGCUCAGGUCGAAGAGCGGUUGCGCGAACGCGAGCGAGAAGACUCCGAGUUGGCCGAGAUGGUUCGUUCCUUCAAGACAACGAUCGACAACAUGCGCGAGUUCCUGAUACGCAACAGCGCCGAUGAUACACCCAGACCUGUCCCUGACGCUUACAAGGUCACGUUGAGAGGCGGAGACUCUGCAACUGGGGGUGUCCGCAAGAAGCUUGAGGCUGUCUCCUACAAGCGAAAAGUGGUACUGAAGAAGAUCCGCAAGAGUCUAAGAAACCUUGUACUGGAAGAGUUUGCUCAAGAGAUGCGAUCUUUGCCGAAAACUUCCACCAAGUCAACAAAUACAGGACUGAUCGCCGGUAAAGGUGGUGCAUCAUCAUCGAUCCGCUAA